UCUAUAGGAAUAGCACAGGGACAGGUCUGACGAUCCGUACAUGAUACAGUCUGCUACACUUCAGAUUGACUGUGCAUCAUCAGUAGAACUAGGAAACGUUAUUAGCUAAUCCUCCUCGCAACUGAAAGCCAGGGGGCGGAGGCAACCAGACUGGCCAGUGAAACGAAGAAAUGCAGUCUGAAAUUAGGCAGUAGUACAAUGCCUUUUACUCAACCGCAAGAUUCCUGGCACAAAAUGGAGGUACAUACCGUUAGUAGUGAGGUCAAUGGGCACCAGUCGACAGAGGAGCCAAUGGAGGAAGGGGAGUCGCUCUCGCACUGUGAUGAGGGCGUUUACAAGGAGAUCCCUAUCACCCACCUUGUGAAGGAGGGCUGUGAAAAAGCUGACCCCUCCCAGUUUGAGCUGCUCAAGGUGCUGGGUCAGGGGUCCUUCGGCAAGGUAUUUCUGGUUCGGAAGAUUGUGGGUCCAGAUGCAGGGCAACUGUAUGCAAUGAAAGUACUGAAAAAGGCUUCACUAAAAGUGAGGGACCGGGUUCGAACGAAGAUGGAGCGGGAUAUUCUGGUGGAAGUGAACCACCCUUUCAUUGUCAAGCUGCACUAUGCCUUUCAGACUGAAGGGAAACUCUAUUUAAUUCUAGAUUUUCUCAGGGGCGGAGACGUCUUCACUCGAUUAUCCAAAGAGGUUAUGUUUACAGAGGAGGAUGUGAAAUUCUACCUUGCAGAGUUGGCCCUUGCAUUGGACCAUCUUCACAACCUAGGCAUUGUUUACAGAGACCUGAAGCCUGAAAACAUUUUGCUUGAUGAAGCUGGUCAUAUCAAGCUAACAGAUUUUGGGCUCAGUAAAGAGUCAGUAGACCAGGAUAAGAAAGCCUAUUCUUUCUGUGGUACUGUGGAAUACAUGGCCCCAGAGGUGGUCAACAGGAGAGGACACACCCAAAGUGCUGACUGGUGGUCGCUAGGUGUCCUUAUGUUUGAAAUGUUGACUGGGACUUUACCAUUCCAAGGAAAAGACCGCAACGAAACCAUGAGCAUGAUACUGAAAGCCAAACUGGGUAUGCCGCAGUUCCUGAGCCCGGAAGCUCAGAGCCUUCUGAGGAUGUUGUUCAAGCGCAAUCCAGCCAAUCGCUUGGGGGCUGGUUCUGAUGGGGUAGAGGAGAUCAAAAGACACGCCUUCUUCUCCACCAUCGACUGGAACAAGCUGUUUAGGAGGGAAGUUUCGCCUCCCUUCAAGCCUGCGGCGGGGAAAGCUGAUGACACGUUCUGCUUCGACCCGGAGUUCACUGCGAAAACCCCCAAAGAUUCCCCCGGCGUCCCACCCAGUGCCAAUGCACACCAGCUCUUUAAGGGUUUCAGCUUUGUGGCACCCACCCCCCUGGAGGACAGCAAGGGCCCCUCCCUGGUCAACAUCCUUCCGAUCGUGCAGAUGCAUGGUGGUUCGGCUCAGUUCUCAGACUUGUAUGACCUGAGAGAGGACAUUGGAGUGGGCUCCUACUCAAUCUGCAAGCGCUGUCUACACCGAGUCACUGGCAUGGAGUUCGCAGUCAAGAUCAUUGACAAAAGUAAAAGGGACCCCUCAGAGGAGAUAGAGAUCCUCAUGCGAUACGGCCAGCACCCCAACAUCAUCACUCUGAAAGACGUGUAUGACGAGGGGCGGUUUGUCUACCUGGUGACGGAGCUGAUGAAAGGGGGGGAGCUCCUGGAUAAGAUACUCCGGCAGAAGCACUUCUCUGAGCACGAGGCCAGCGCGGUGCUGUACACCAUCACCAAGACCGUGCACUACCUGCACUGCCAGGGGGUGGUCCACAGAGACCUGAAGCCCAGUAACAUCCUGUACAUGGACGACUCGGGGAACCCCGACUCCAUCCGCAUCUGCGACUUCGGCUUCGCCAAGCAGCUGCGCGGGGAGAGCGGCCUGCUGCUCACGCCCUGCUACACCGCCAACUUCGUCGCCCCGGAGGUCCUGAUGCGACAGGGUUAUGAUGCAGCUUGUGACAUCUGGAGUUUAGGUGUGCUGCUGUACACCAUGCUAGCUGGGUACACCCCCUUUGCUAACGGGCCCAAUGACACCCCAGAGGACAUUCUGCAGCGAAUUGGCAGCGGGAAGUUCUCUCUGAGCGGGGGCAACUGGGACAGCGUGUCUGACACCUCCAAGGAACUGCUGUCUCACAUGCUGCAUGUAGACCCGCACCAGAGGUACGCAGCGGAGCAGGUUCUGAAGCACUCCUGGAUCUCCUGCAGGGACGAGCUCCCGCACCUCCAGCUCACACGCCACGACGCUCCCCACCUGGUCAAGGGAGCAAUGGCUGCUACGUACUCAGCACUGAACCACAAAACAGGCCAGCCGGUGUUGGAGCCUGUGGCUGCCUCCAGCCUGGCCCAGCGGAGAAGCAUGAAGAAGCUCACCUCUACUGACUUGUAGUGAACAACCAAGUCUUCUGGAAGGGGAUUGUGUGUGUGUGUGUGUGUGUGUGUGUGUGUGUGUGUGUGUGUGUGUGUGUGUGUGUGUGUGUGUGUGUGUGUGUGUGUGUGUGUGUGUGUGUGUGUGUGUGUGUGUGUGUGUGUGUGUGUGUGUGUGUGUGCGCCUGCGCAAGUGAAGAAAGGGGCUUGACUGGGUCUUCGUUCUUUUAAUUUAUUUGUCCACUUUUACCCCGGUCCCUAACCUGUGCACUUGCCCCUUCCCUGUGCAGUGUCAUUCCAGAACCCCAUAAUGCACCUGACAUCAGGGAGACAACCUUUGCCGUCACAGACCGUGGAAACCUAGAGUCCUUUGCAUUUUUGCAAAUAUACAGUGUCCGUUUUUUUUUAUUGUUUCUUCGUUUAUUCAAUGGUCAGCGAUGGCCCCUUGGUACAGAGUGAUAACACCAGCCCACAUUCUCCUUUCACUGUGACCGGCCAGCUUGAAGCUGCUUCUGUGAACUCUGGCCUGCGAGCUUCCAGGCUGUUCUCUCUCGGCCUUGCACGUGCUCAGGUCUGCACUUUUAAGGGACCGUCUCCCUCUGCGUCCUUCUCCUGAAAGCUCCUCGCUUGAAUUUGGUGGGAGCUUUCUCAAGGAUGCAGUGAGCUCGUUGCGAGCCAAAUACAGCACUUUGGAGAAAGGUCUGCGGUGGGUUACAGUCCACAAAGUUACGUUUGUGACUUUUCUGGGGCAUGUGUCAAAAAAAGGGUAAAAUGUCUAACGUGUGGCCUUGAGUGAUGAAGAAAGGGAGAUGUUUCUGAAUUUGUCUGUGAUUCAGCAUGAAACUACUCUGUUAAAUGCCUGGAAACCGUUUCUUUCUUUCAACAAGUAUUGGAGAAGAAAAAAAAAUCAAGCGUUGGUUUGAUGUUCUCAGUGUUUUAUUUCUCCAAACAAAGAUGUUCAUUCAUAAUGAGCUGUAUGCUUCUUCCAGUUUGCUCUAGAGACUUGGCAGAGUGUUGCUUUCCCAAAUUUGUGUGAUCUCUCUCAUUUUAUUUUAUUGCUUCUUCCUGAAUAUUUUCUUCUCAUUCCAAAGCCAAUAUUCUCAAUGUCAUUUUGGGCUGUUAUUUUACGAUGUAUAUGGCAACAAAAAAAGAAGAAAAAACUACAUUGCAACAAGUAAAAAGCUAAUUUUGAAAAGGUCAGAGAAUGUGACAGUUUUCCUGGUGAGGUAUGUGUUGUAGGUGCAGUGUCAUUGAUGAGGAGUGAAAGUCAUAAAACCCGAAUCUGGGCAUGGACAACCCACUUAGCUGCAAGAAGCCAAACCUUCUGCUUUGACAUCUUGAAUCUGUUUGAAAACAUUGUGGAAAUUGUAUCAUAUUGUAUUUAUUUCAUUUAAAAAUUCUAUUUUCCUUUUAAGGUCUGUAUAUAUUAGCAUUAAAGAUCAUUAUUGAUGUACA